UAAAAAUUACCAGCCAGGCUACACGGAAUUUCCAGCCAAACACACCCUAGGAGGAGACUGUGUUCACUUCUAUGAUGAAGAAGAGCAGGAGUGUGAUGACAGUGACGGCUGAUGAUAAUGCUAAAGAUUAUUUUGAAUGCAGCUUGAGUAAAUCCUACAGCUCUUCCAGUAACACUCUUGGGAUUGACCUCUGGAGAGGGAGAAGGUGCUGUUCGGGAAACUUACAGUUGCCACCAUUGUCCCAGAGACAGAGUGAAAGAACAAGGACCCCCGAGGGAGAUGGCAUCUGCAGACCGACCACACUGCCUCUAAUGACACUGCCUAGCAUCGCGAUAACCACUGUGAGCCAGGAGUGCUUUGAUGUGGAAAGGCCUUCUCCUGGUAGAAGCCCUCUGGACACCCAGGCUGGGCUCCUCUUCGGGGUUGGUGCUCUGCAUGCCACCUUCCCAGGCCAGCAGCGCAGAGAGUCCUUCCUCUACCGAUCUGACAGCGACUAUGACUUGUCACCCAAGGCAAUGUCAAGAAAUUCUUCCCUUCCCAAAGCGAGCAGUAAACAUGCCGAUGACUUAAUUGUCACACCUUUUGCCCAGGUCCUCGCCAGCUUGAGAAGUGUGAGAAACAACUUUACUCUCCUGACAAACCUUCAAGGAACAUCCAACAAGAGAUCUCCUGCUGCUAGUCAGCCUCCAGUCUCCAAAGUCAACCUACAAGAAGAAUCUUACCAAAAGUUAGCAAUGGAGACACUGGAGGAGCUGGACUGGUGCUUAGAUCAGCUGGAGACCAUCCAGACCUACCGCUCCGUCAGCGAGAUGGCUUCGAACAAGUUUAAGAGAAUGCUGAAUCGGGAGCUGACCCACCUCUCUGAAAUGAGUCGAUCAGGCAACCAGGUGUCUGAAUAUAUAUCUAACACUUUCUUAGACAAGCAGAAUGAUGUAGAGAUUCCAUCUCCCACCCAGAAAGACCGGGAGAAAAAGAAAAAGCAACAACUUAUGACACAGAUAAGCGGUGUGAAAAAACUGAUGCAUAGCUCAAGUUUAAACAAUACAAGCAUCUCACGAUUCGGAGUCAACACAGAAAAUGAAGAUCAUUUGGCCAAGGAGCUGGAAGACCUGAAUAAAUGGGGCCUGAACAUUUUCAAUGUGGCUGGUUACUCCCAUAAUAGGCCUCUAACCUGCAUUAUGUAUGCCAUAUUCCAGGAAAGAGACCUCCUAAAGACAUUCAAAAUUUCAUCUGACACAUUUGUAACCUACAUGAUGACUUUAGAAGAUCAUUACCAUUCAGAUGUGGCAUAUCAUAACAGCCUGCACGCUGCUGAUGUAGCCCAGUCCACCCAUGUUCUUCUUUCUACGCCAGCAUUAGAUGCUGUCUUCACAGAUUUGGAGAUCCUGGCCGCCAUUUUUGCAGCUGCCAUUCAUGACGUUGAUCAUCCUGGAGUCUCUAAUCAGUUUCUCAUCAACACAAACUCAGAACUUGCCCUGAUGUACAAUGAUGAAUCUGUGUUGGAAAAUCAUCACCUUGCCGUGGGUUUCAAAUUGCUACAAGAAGAGCACUGUGACAUCUUUCAGAAUCUCACCAAGAAACAGCGUCAGACACUCAGGAAGAUGGUUAUUGACAUGGUGUUGGCAACUGAUAUGUCCAAACAUAUGAGCCUGUUGGCAGACCUGAAGACCAUGGUAGAAACAAAGAAAGUUACAAGUUCAGGCGUUCUUCUCCUGGACAACUAUACCGAUCGCAUACAGGUCCUUCGCAACAUGGUACACUGUGCAGACCUGAGCAAUCCCACAAAGUCCUUGGAAUUAUACCGGCAAUGGACAGAUCGAAUCAUGGAGGAAUUUUUCCAGCAGGGCGAUAAAGAGCGAGAGAGAGGAAUGGAGAUCAGCCCUAUGUGUGAUAAGCACACAGCUUCUGUGGAAAAAUCCCAGGUUGGUUUCAUUGACUAUAUCGUCCAUCCACUAUGGGAGACCUGGGCAGAUCUGGUCCAGCCUGAUGCUCAGGACAUUUUGGAUACAUUAGAAGACAACAGGAAUUGGUAUCAGAGCAUGAUACCCCAGAGCCCUUCCCCACCACUGGACGAGCAAAACAGAGACUGUCAGGGUCUGAUGGAGAAGUUUCAGUUUGAACUGACACUCGAAGAAGAGGAUUCUGAAGGACCUGAGAAAGAGAGCGAGGGCCACAGCUAUUUUAGCAGCACAAAGACGCUCUGUGUGAUCGAACCAGAACUCCAGGACUCGCUGGGAGAGACGGAUGGAGAUGAUGGCCCAACUGAGGACACGUCCCCAACUGACACCUAAUUCCUUUCUCCGGGUGGAGAUGAACAUUCCAGCCUUGAUAAGCAUGCCAGCUGAACGGGAGGGCCAGCUGCCCUGGGGGCUGAGGCCUGCACGGGACAAGGGCCCAGUGGCCUUUCCAGUGACUCGAGUUUGGAGCCAGAAUGCAAGACGGGAAGCUAUGAGCAGCUCAGGAAGUUCCACAUUGACUGGACCACUGGCAAGUUCAGUGAAGAGCUGAGGCUUCCUGUGGUACUAGAAGCCAGAGAUAGAGUGCGACUCGAUGGCUUCAAAAAGGAAGACAGGACACUGAGAGAUUUUUCGACACUAAGUUUUGGGACUCUGUCUUCCCUAGUGACUGAACUGACUAAUAACUUCAUUUAUAAAUCUGCUCACCUUGUCUCCUUGUCUGCCAACCUGUGUGCCUUCUUUGUAAAACAUUUUCACAUCUUUCAAAUGCCUGUUGAAGACCUAGAGUUUAGUAUCCACUUCUACACAGCAUUUAGCGUUGACCGUAACUUUUUUGACUUCGGGGGUGGGGGAAAGGAAAGAAAAGAGUUCUUCCUUCUUUCACAGGCAAUGUUGUUCUCUUUGCUACGGCUUCACUUGCAGGCAGGAAGGAACCACAUUGUAACCACAUGUUCCUUCCUCUGUUGCCCCAUCCAAGUCCACAGUGAACUGUCUAGUUCUGCCUGCUUUGAACGGUUUUCUGUCCUCUAGACAUUGAAUUUGUGGCUAUAAACAGAAUUCAAGGUGAACCUCAGAGGGGAGAACCAUAUUCAAGUAAUAACGUGUAAAAUUGCGCUUAAUGAAGCAUUGUCCUGAACCUCUCAGUAAUGGGGAGUCGUAUGGCCCCUGUGCUGGAACCUGAAUUUUUUUCAUGCUCAGUCAUGCUAUUUUCAACUUAAUGCUGCCGUAUUUCUCUUGCACUGCCUUCCAUGCUAACACCUCAGUUUCUGUUUAUAACCGUGUAUUUAUUACCCAAGUGUAUAUAAUGUAAUGUUUUGUAAGUUAUUAAUUUAUAUAUCUAACAUUGCCUGCCAAUGGUGGUGUUACAUUUGUGUAGAAAACUCUGCCUAAGAGUUGCAACUUCUCUUGUAAUGUUUUGUUUUUAUUUUUUGUAUUGUGUUGUCUAAAACCUGAAAGUUACUUAAGAGAGACACAAAGCCCAUCCACCUAUGCGGAUCUAUAUUUUUGGGGAAGAUGCAUACCCAAUGAUACUCCCUGGUCACUCCUGGUUCUGCACUCAGGAAUACUCCUGGCAGUGCUCAGGGGACCAUUUGGGAUGCCAGGGAUUGAAUGGGGUUGACUACGUGCAAGGCAAGUGUCCUACCCUCUGUACUAGCUCUCUAGCCCCACCUGUGUGGAGAUUGGGGGACUUUUCUUCCCUCUGCCCUUCUCCCCAAUCUGAGUCACUAAUACUUGCUCUCCUUUAUGAACCUUUAUGAACCCAGUUUUGGAAACAGGAUUCUCCUAUUAGAUACGAAGUGGUUUAUACUGAGCUUUUACUUUUAUAGAGUUUGAUAGGGGUAGGGGGCACUGGGCUGGGGUCUUUACCCUUGUGCUAUCCACAUCUGUAUACCUGUAAGUAGGAUUCUAACUGGGCUCUCCCUCAUUGGGGUUUCCAUUUUAAAAGCAACACUACAUUAGCUCACAGAUGGCUUUUUCUGAGUAUUCCCAGACUACUGACUUGGAAGAGCAAAGCUUCCUGCCUGCCCUUCAGAAGGACUGCCAUGUUCCAAUGAAUUAGGAAAGAAAACAAUAAAGCAAUGUGAAUUUUCUAAUACAAUGUGAAUGGAUUCGUAAAUCAUGCAAAUGUGAAGCUUCUGAUAACACUUCUUAGGCCUCUUACUGACUCUAGGCUCAGUUUGUAAAAUAUUUCAUGUUUUUCAGUUUUGCAUUGUGACUCAGUUGUUAAAGAAAUGGCACCUAAGUGCAUGACCAAUGGGUUGUCUGUCUAUGAACACUGCAUUAUUUCAGGUGGACGUUUUAUUGUUUUCAAAAGUUUCUCAUAAGAUGUUAUAGUAUGACUAUUAUAUAUUGUGCUCAAAUGCAUUCUUAAGAAACUUUUAUAUGAGGUGAAUAAACAAAAGCAUGACUA